AUGUCUCAACACCUAUCUAAUGAAGAGGUGGAUAGUUAUGUCCCUCCUAAUGGUGGUAUUGCUGUUGGUGAUGUCGCUAAUGGUGCUAUGGGUUCUGAUGCGGAGCACGCCUCAAGGGUGGGGCAGGCUGCUGCAGGUCCUGCAGGGCCUAACCAGGAUAUGUUUUUUCAGCAGUUAGUUGCUGCUUUGAGGCAGGCAGCGAGAGCUGUUCCCCAGGCUCCAGUUGCUCCAACCCCUAUUCCAGUUCGUCCCCCUAUUGAGAAACUAAGGAAAUAUGGAGCUGUUGAGUUUAGGGGUAGAAAGGACGAUAUGGCUUCUGCGGCAGAGUAUUGGCUUCAAUCUUUAGAAAGGAUAUUGGAGAAGAUGCAAUGCUCACCUAUAGACAGUUUGGUUUGUGCCACUUCCUUAUUGAAGGAGGAAGCUUAUCAAUGGUGGACGACGGUAUCACGGAUAGUUGGUGUUGAGCAGAGGACUUGGAACUUCUUUCUUUCUGAGUUCAGACAGAAAUACAUUGGAGAACUCUAUAUUGAUCAGCGUAAGGCAGAGUUUCUGGAGCUUAAGCAGGGCAGGAUGACUGUGUCAGAAUAUGAGAGAGAGUUCAUCCGGUUGAGUAGGUACGCUACAUAUAUGAUUCCUACUGAGUUGGAAAGAUGCAAGCGCUUUAGGAAAGGCUUGCAUGAUGAAUACAGAAUGCAUCUGGUUAUUCAGCCUCAUACAUCAUUGUCUUCCCUAGUGAAGGCAGCCUUAGAGCUUAAAGAAGUUAGGAAUGAGCAGUAG